AUGACCAACAAUCUGGUGGGCGACGUCUACGCCAAGAUCAUCGAGGAGGUGGUCGCGCAUUCGACGACUGACUUCGAGGAGAGCGGCGUGGGCUCGACGACGCUGAAGGAGUUGCAGGCGGAAUGGCAGGCCAAGCUCUCACAGCGCGGUGUCGCUCAGAUGCCAUGGGACCCCAAGCCGCAACCUCCAGCGCCACCACAGCAAUCUCAACCCCCACCGUCAUCUCUUCCCUCGGCUACAGCCAACGGUCUUCCCCAGUCGUACUCGUAUGACUCGACACAGGGCCAGGCAGCAAACGGCACCCGGAUCAAGACUGAGCCAGGCACUGAGCAGUACAACGGCCUUCCGAACGGCAACUACCAGAAUGGAGCUGCCAACACUCAGGGUGGUCUCGCUCGUGCACAGGCUUUGGUUCAGCAGCAGUAUGGUCAGGCUGGCAACGCGUCGAUCAAUGCUAUGCAGCAGCAACGUGGUGGACUUGCGCUUCCUGGCCAACAAGCUAAGCCUCCACAAGGUCUGAACUUGCCAGCUGGUAGCCCUCAGCAGCAGUCAUUCCAGCAGCAGCAGCAAGAAGCCAUGGCCCGUCAGCAACAGCAACAACAUGCAGCCAUGGCACGUCAGCAGCAGCAAUUGGCACAACAGCAGGCUCAGCCCCGCAUCAAAGUCGAGAAUGACAGCCCUCAGCUUCAGCAAGGCGCAUUCACGCAGCAGUCGCCUCCCAGCCAAUCCUAUGGCCAGACCGAUGGCGCAGACGAGGGAAUGGACGAAUGGCGGGCGAUGCUGGCAGAGAGGCGGGUUGCAAAUGCUCGGCAUGGUGACCAAGCUGAUCGUCUCAUGCGCGACAACGUCUUGAGUCUGUCCGAACACCUACAGAGCGGUUUGAUGGUGCCCUUGGAUGAACAACCAUCGAGGUCGCGCAAGCAUAAGCGUCGCGGUCCAUCCGCAGUCGCUUCAUCUUCCAAGCUGCCCACCAUCCCACAACUCGAUGGUGAUGCAGACGAUGAAGAAGAGAAGCCUGACGUCAAAGACGAAGACGACGAGAACGCCAUCAAUUCUGACCUCGACGACUCUGAUGACGAGAAUGGCGGCGCCAUGGGCGAUGACGAUGACGACCUCGGCGAUAGUAUCCUCUGUACCUACGACAAAGUCCAGCGCGUCAAGAACAAGUGGAAGUGCACCCUCAAAGAUGGCGUUAUGAGCGUCAACGGCAAGGAGUGGGUCUUCCACAAAGGCACCGGAGAGUUUGAGUGGUAG